AUGCGGCCUGCAACCAGAUCACUGCAGGUGAAUUUUGUCGCGAUCGCUACGUUGUGUCUGAAAAUCUCAGUUGUGCUUUCCCAAGCCUUUGAAGUGAACAGCUCCAAAAUUGUUGGUGAAACUGCAAUCCGGACUUCGAGCAACGCUUCAGUUGACUCAAUUAUCGAAAUUUCUAAUCAAACCAACACCAACGCUAGCUUGACUGGUGAUUCCCCUGAAGUGUCUCGGAAGGAAAUCAGACUUGACGAAGAGAAACAGAAAUUCGGAAAUGUGUCAAAUUUAACGGAUGAAAUUGAGAAUGCGUCAUCCAACGCUACGCUUCAACAUGAUUCUGUGAACCCUCCUGGUUUGAAUUCCACUGCAUUUUUGCUUGAGAUUCCUUCAGCUCCUCGAAAUGAAUCUGCUGCAAAUGAAUCUAUUACUCGUGCUCAAGUUAGUAUUUCUCAGAAUCCAGUCAUUGAUCCAGUCAAUGCCCUGAACCGGUCCGAAGCAAUGGAUGUAUUGUCUAAUUCUUCCGGAUUAAACAUCAAAUCUUGGAGUAAUUCUUCAACCCUCACUGGGAACCAUCUUAAAGAGGAAGCCAACGUAACCGGUUCUGAAGUACUGUUGGAAAAGCUUGGGAUCAGGAAGUGUUGCCAGUUUGGAGAAAUCGCAUCGGAUGCCAACUCAACGAUCGUCUGUUCGCCAAAAAUUACUGGAUCUGCUUCUCGUCAAACGACCGAAUCGUGGUUGGGAAAAUUGGCGGAAUUCGACCAAUAUGGAAAUGUUCUGCGAUCGGAUCCCCCAGGGGAUUUUCAAGUCUUACACGGCAUUCCUGAGUGCGACGGAUUGCAGGUGAUUGUCAAUGAAGGCGAAGGUCCUAAGCUGGAGAAACUCGCCGUGUUCACAGAUGGCAGGCUCAUCACGAGCAGUGAUGGUCAAUUUUUCGAACCCAGUUCGUUUUGUGUUGACGAAUUCGCCAAUAGUUCCCGUGGUGCAGCUGUGUGUGCUUCCAAGGCUUGGUUGUCACCUCCGAUGCUGACUGAAAGAAAACAUGGGGGACGAACCAUGAUUCCAAAAUGUUGCCCUGAGAACCAGAUGUUCAACUCUGAGAUGAACUGCAUUCCUUCGGGUGGCAACAGACUCGUAUUUCCUGUAACAAAUUCGAAGGAUGGAUCAGACACGGGUCUGAAAGCCACUAUCAAACCUGGAGCAGGUGAAAUUCUGGCACAAACGUGUCCGGAAAUCCGUCCAGUUUUCUACGGAGCGAAGCCAUUUUACGUACUUGAGGACUCGAGACUGUAUUUCCCGCAUAAACCUGCAGUUUUCAGCACUGAUCACUAUUGUCUGGAAAGUGUUGAGCAGCAGCAACAGGAAGAUGCUAUGGGAACUCUAGCCAUUGUGUGUUUGAGUGCUUUGGGUGGACGCUUGGACGCGUAUAAUGCGUACUGCAGAGAUGGAACCCUGUGUGCCCUGAAGUGUUGUCCCGAGGGACAGUGGCUGCAGAUUGAAGAACACGAGGUUGGCUGUGCUGCUUUGCCCGAGGGACAGGCUCCGUGGGUGCCUGUUUUCUACAAUGAUCAGUUCAAGAAGGUAGCUGUAUCCGAGGACAAGUACAAAGUGGUGGAUGUGCCACAAGAUUGCGGCAAGACAAUGAGUCUGCCCCUGUACCCGGAUUCAUCUCACGAAGAAGCUGUUUAUCUGUUGAAGUCUGGUCAGAUUUACUCAAAAUCGUAUGCGAAAUAUUUUUCGCCGCCCGACUACUGCAUGGAUCACGUUAUCAUGACUAAUACGACGACGAAUGAAAAAGUGGUCACGAAUGUGACUCUGGUCUGUUUUCCGGAUGAAAGCAAGCUGUUCGAGUACAAGAAGAUUUACACGGGAUGUCUGGUUAUUUCUUCGAUUUUUUUGCUGGUUACUUUGGGAAUCACGUUGAUGCUUCCGGACGUGAAUUGGCUUGGAACAUGGACCAUGUUGAGUUACGUGGUUUGCAUGUUGGCUGCCUCGAUAUUCCUGAUCGUGAUUUUCUUGGAGCGAGACCUGAUGGAUCGGGGUGUUUGCAUUGGUAUUGCCAUUGCGCAGCACUUCACAAUACUGUCCUCAUUCUUGUGGCUGAACGUGAUGAGCUUUGAUGUGUGGUACGAGAAUUUUUUCUGGUAUUUGAGGCGGAGUAUGCCGAUGACGAGAAGGAAGCUGUUGUACAGAUACCUCAAGCGGUGCGCUUAUUCUUUCGGAAUCCCUGCUGUGAUUGUCGUCGUGAUCUUGAUUCUGGAAUACGUGCCAGGUUUGCCAGAUUCAUUCGCCAAAUAUCCGAUUGACCCGGAGAAACGUUGCUGGUUUCGGAAUAACGAAAGCAUCUGGCUUUUCAUGUAUGGACCGAUAUGCUUGAUUCUUGUGGCCAAUCUUGUGUUCUUCAUUUUCACCAUGAUUUUCCUGCUGAAGCACCGGCAUAGCACUCGGAUGCUGAACAUGAGCAAGAAACAAAUGUCAAUGUUCCGUUUGUUCACCCGCUUGUUCGUUGUCAUGGGAGUUGGCUGGUUGAUAGAAGUAGUGAGCUGGGGCUUCGGACCGAGUGAUAUUUGGCUGGUGACCGACAUUGUCAAUGCUCUGACGGGUGUCUUGGUCUUCACUGUGUUCAUUUGUCGACCACAAACUCUUCGCAACCUGAAGAAAUUUGCUGUUGAACGCGGUUGGUCGCAGCAGUUCAGCAUCCGUCAUUUCCGCGUUCCGACGAGAUGCAGGACAUUUACACUCACGACGACGUCUUCAUGGACAUCCACGAAAACCGGUUCAACUUGGCUCGCUGGCCCAGCGUCUAAUCAAGAGGAAAGUGCUGCGGCAAAUAUUCAGAACAUCCGUAUGGUAUUAGUUGAUGCUUCAAAGGAAAUUAUAAAUGAAUUUUUUACUCCCGAAGAAGACAUUAAUGGAGAAUGUUAUCAGCAAUCAAUCGGAUUUUUGUCGUAA